GUGGCUGUGGCCGUUAGGUGGCAGCACGAGGAGUUCCACCUUGCCGGAAACACACAGAUGACAAAACUUUGGCAGAUGCCUCAGUAAAAUUUAUUAUUCUACGCCUCAGGUGAACCCAGUCUCGGCAAGAUGUCGAGCAUAAAACAGGUGAUCAAUGAUGCCGUGGAGAAAGGUAAGGAGGUAUAUGAAAAAGUGCGACAGCCAAACCCCAUCCGCCUGCGAGACCUGAUACGGCAGAUUCGUUCGGCCAAGACAGCCGCUGAAGAGAGAGCAGUUGUGAACAGGGAGUGUGCCUACAUCCGCCUUACGUUCCGGGAAGAGGAUUCUGUGUGGAGAUGUCGCAAUGUUGCCAAACUUUUAUACAUACACAUGUUAGGAUAUCCUGCUCACUUUGGUCAGAUGGAAUGCCUUAAGUUAAUUGCAUCACCACGUUUCACUGACAAACGAAUUGGCUACCUCGGAGCCAUGUUACUCUUGGAUGAACGGCAAGACGUGCACUUACUCAUCACAAACUCCCUCAAGAAUGACUUGAAUUCAUCAACUCAGUUUGUACAAGGCUUGGCAUUAUGCACCUUAGGAGCUAUUGCCUCUCCUGAGAUGUCCCGUGACCUCGCGGGAGAAGUGGAGAGGCUUCUAAAAUCCUCCAAUGCUUACAUACGGAAAAAGGCUGCUGUUUGUGCUCUACGAAUCAUCUGCAAAGUUCCGGAGUUAAUGGAGAUGUAUCUGCCAGCCACACGCUCACUCCUCUCUGAAAAGAAUCAUGGUGUGUUGAUCACGGGUGUCACACUUAUUACUGAGAUGUGCAGACAAUCUCCGGACAUGCUGACACACUUUAAAAAGGAUCCCGAGCACACAGAGAUUGUCCCCAACUUGGUGCGUAUCCUCAAGAAUCUAAUCAUGGCCGGCUAUUCUCCUGAGCAUGAUGUCCAAGGUGUUUCUGAUCCCUUCCUGCAGGUGAAGAUUCUGAAGUUAUUACGAAUCUUGGGGUACGGCGACAGUGAGGCCUCGGAGACGAUGAAUGACAUCCUUGCACAGGUGGCCACCAACACCGAGUCCUCCAAGAAUGUGGGCAACGCCAUCUUGUAUGAAACUGUGCUCUCCAUCAUGGAUAUCAAGAGUGAGAGUGGACUGAGGGUACUGGCCAUUAAUAUUUUAGGACGUUUCUUACUGAAUGCAGAUAAAAACAUCCGAUAUGUGGCACUUAAUACCCUUUUACGGGUUGUUCAUGCUGAUAAUUCUGCCGUCCAGCGCCACCGCUCAACCAUCUUGGAAUGUUUGAAGGAUGCUGAUAUAUCAAUUAGGCGUCGAGCUAUGGAGUUAUGUUUUGCGCUGAUCAACGGCAAUAACAUCCGGACUAUGAUGAAGGAGUUGUUAACAUUUUUGGAGAAGGCUGAACCAGAGUUUAAGGCUUCUUGUUCAUCCAAGUGUGUUCUGGCAGCAGAGAAAUAUUCACCCAAUGUGCGAUGGCACAUAGACACACUCCUUAAAGUUGUAGAAGCUGCUGGGAAUCACGUACCAGACGACGUCGUGUCCUCCACCAUACAGUUAAUAUCAGAGACACGAUCAGAACAAGCGUACGCUGUUGGGGAGUUGUGGCGUCACCUGUCAGUUGCUCAGAUGGAAUACCAGCCAAUGAUUCAAGUAUCCACCUGGUGUAUAGGAGAAUUUGGAGACUUAUUAUUAAAUGGACAAGCCGAUGUAAGUGUGGUGGAAGCUGAAUUAAUAGAUGUUUACCAGAAAAUUUUGUGGUCAUCGCAGUGUUCUAUUACCACUAAGGAAUACGCUCUCACCUCGCUGAUGAAGCUUUCUGCCCGGCUCACCCAUGAAAUCGGAUCAAUACAGCAAGUAGUAAGUGCAUUUGGCUCCCACUUGAACAUAGAACUACAACAAAGAGGAAUAGAGUAUAGUCAGCUCUUCACUAGACAUACCCACAUGCGAGGGCCUCUAUUAGAGCGGAUGCCACCAUUUGAAGGGACCAGAGCUGGAUCAGAAGCUGACAAGGCGACCAUCACUAAUGGAGUCGACACAGCAAAUGAAAACCAGAGUCUCCUCAAUGACCUCACCUCGCCAAACAACAACGCUCAUGAGACAAAUGAUUCAAAUGCAUUGCUUGACCUGAUUGGUGGAAUGGAGACAGGAGACAACGACACGGUCCAAGCAACGAGCACGCCAAGGCCUAUCACUGCCCCCAUAACAGCGCCGAUAGUCAAUGCUGACAUAUUGGACCUAUUGGGAGGGUUAGACUCUGGCCCAGCAGCACCAGUGACCACCAACAUGAACGACACCAUCACCCCUGCUCAGCUACCUAACUCAAGCAAUGCUGCCUACCUACUAGAUGGCCUGCUCAAUAACUCCACCCCCAUCAUCACUUCCCUUAACUCUCCAGUCACAAACUCUACUGCCACCAACCCUACAAGUAAUUCAAUCAUCCCACCUCUCCUCCAGAAGUCAAGUAUACCAGGAAUCAAUGCCUAUGAUAAGAAUGGUGUCAGGUUGGACAUGACGUUUGAGCUGCAGGAAUCCAUCACUACCAUCAACAUGCUAGCCACCAACAACACUGGAACUCCAGUUACAGACUUCCUCUUCCAGGCUGCUGUGCCUAAGUCACUACAGCUGCAGAUGUUGAACCCUAGUAGUAACAACAUGGCCCCUACUGCCACACUGACUCAGGUGAUCAAAGUCAACAACCCUAAUAAGGUGCCACUGCGGAUGAGGAUAAAGUUAUCUUGGUCAGCUAAUGGAUCAUCAGUUCAAGACCAAGGGGAAAUUAGUAACUUUCCUCCAGCACUGUGGCAGUGACACCACCCGUGCCCUCUUUACCCUAGUUACUACCACUCACGUCUGUCUCCUGGCUCCCUUCCUUCAUCCCAUGUUUACAUCCCUAAUAAUAGUGUACCUGUAUCCUAUAUCACCCCUUCUUUUAGCUUACUCAGAAGAAAUAGGUCAUCUUCUCAGUAUACUAAAAAGUAUUCCCUCAGCAAUCCUGCUACAUUUUCUCUCAUGUCUAGUUUGAUCAUUGCUCGAGGAUCUUCCAAAUCUAUCACAUCAUCAUCUGUUUCAUCAUAUGUCUUAAAUGCAUUUUUGUACUCCUUAGCCACAUUUAUGGUUAUGAAAAUAUUUAUUUAUGUUCUCUCGUUAGGAUAUCUAAGUUUCAUGAAUUUGCUAUUUGGUAUCCCUAAGUGGCUAGUAACACAGUCUUUCUCUCCAAGAUUCUCUUCUCCCUCUUUCCGUUAUCAAGAUUUUGCUUAUUCAAAGUCAUUCAUUUUUUCUUCUGUCUGUAACUUGUCAUUCUCCUCAAACAGGGUAAUAAAUAUUUGGGUGUUAUUAUCCUCUUCAGUAUGUUACAAACAACUGCUUUGUUAUCCCCCUGCUUUAUCAUUACUUGUUUUACUGUGCAACACAUUACAUUCAUCUUGUGUCUCAAUGGCAUCUUGCCCGUCCUCCUUCCUUCACAGCACAAGUGCGUCAUGCCCACUCUGUCUGCUAUUAAUAAUGAGGUGACAGGGAUGUUGUUGCACUGUACAUGGGAUUCCUCCUGCUGAGUCUGUUGUAGGUAUUUGAGUGUGUGUUUUAUUUAAUAUAUUUAUAAUGAACAGAAUUGGUUUUUACUUCAAGAUGAUAUAUUUUGUUUGUUGCAUUAUCAGGAAAACAGGCUUUGGAGAUCAUCAGAUUGAAGUUAGUAAAAGGGAUCCUAAUGUUGCAGAAUACUUUACAAUCACUGUCCAACAGACAAUGUGUGAGAACAUCUGUUCAGUACAAUACAGUACAGGUAUACCCUGCUUAACACAGUAUAGUAGAUGCAUUCCAAAAAAGUAGUGUGUCAAGUGAAACUUUUCUUUCAAUAUACUCCAAAAUUAUAAAUUAGGAUAUAUUCCAGAUAUACUGUACAGGUACUGUACAUAAAAAAAAUUGGCCCUAAAAUUUAGUCAUAAAUAUACUAGUACAGUAUUGAAUACAUAUACUGUAGUAACAUAAAUACCUGUACUGUGCAACAGUAACAUCACCAGAGAUAAGUAAAGCAGCAGAAUAUUAAGGCUUGGUGUUAAACUACCAUAACUAACAUUGUAAGUGAGUCUACCAAGCUACAGGCUCACAGCACAGCCUCGUGACAUGUUUACACAGCUUAAAGGAGCAAAUCACUGUAAAUCUUUUAUAGAAAAACAAAAACAUUUUCCCACCCUCCAAACCCUGUAAUAAUUAUUCAUGGACUCUGUGAUAUGAAUAUGUUCCCCAGUUUAUAAACUACAUUUUAAUAAAACUAUAAAGUAAGUGAAGAUGUGUUAAGUGUGGAAUACCUGUACUAGAAUUACAUCUAAGAGCAGAUAUGGCUAUGGUAAUUAUCCAAUUGGUAUUGGGCCUUUUGUGAAAUAAUGUACACUGAUACAUACCUGUUGUUAAUAUAAAUAACUCAACCUUCUGUAAAUUACAAUUAUACUGAAUUAAUGGAGAUACCCAAUACUGUAACUGCAAGUGUUGAAGUGGUUAUUGCAACUUAGAGUUCUAUCUGCUGUUGAUAAUAGUACAAGCCUAGUGGCGCUUGAUUGGACACUUCAUUUUUUGCCAAGAAUAUUAUAAUAAAAAUUUCUUACUCAGGAGAAAAGUAAGGCUGCUUAUCACAGUGUUAGUUUUUGUUAUUAUUUGUUAUAAAAGAAAUCAAAAACAUUUUCUGGUGUCUUCAAAGCAAAUUUCAUUAAUCCUUCAAUUUAUGAACAUGUACUGUAUGGAUCAUAAAAUAUCCUAGCUUAGUUCUUGUGAUAAAAAAAAUUGUCAUUAAACUAAGUGUUCAGUCAGUUAGCAAGGGUCUGUAUUCCAGGACUGUUGCUUGACAUUUGAAUGAAGCCUUAAUUCUUUUUAUUUACAGACAUAAAAGUGAAUAAGAAGUAUAGGUAGUAAUGUGAUAGUGGGAGUUGUGGCACAGUUUGAAGACAUGGUUAGUGAUUUUGUGUAAAAAUGAUAUAAAAGCUUUGGUCUGAUUUUCCCAGUUUGGUGCAGAUCAACUCUGACAUCUUAUUGCUGUCAUUAGACAAGUACAUCUGCCCUAUAUUUAUGUGAGAUACCAUUUUUACAGAUUUAAAAUUUGUACAUCAUUGUUCUUGUACUUAAUGUUCUGUUGCAUGCAUUGAAGCUUUUUGGUAAUUUUUAAUUAUCUACCUAGUACUGUACUCAAAUAGCAUUAUUCACAAUUAGAGUAUCUGCUUUACAUACCUGCUUUGCAUAUUAUGUUACCGGUAAAUCAUUUUAAUAUUUAUGGUUCCUUUUAAACCAGGAUUUAUUUCCCUCUGAAAAUCUUAAGGAUUGUACUUAGAGCCAAGAAGGUAUUUCAAUAUGUGAAAUAUGUAUAUGUAUUUACUUUCCCUUGCUUUUUAGUCUGCAAAAUAAUAGAAACUGGUACAACUUUAAGUACUGGGUACUGUUUGUAUACACAACUUGAGAAUGUUCCUUGUUAAGGAUCUGUGUGCCAGAUGCUAUCUUGUGACUGCAGCUUUAACAAGAUAACCUCAUUCUUCUUAAGAUCAAAGCUUGAAAUAUUGUACUUUUGUGAUAUUGUUUCCACAAAAUAUAAACCACUUGGCAGAGUCAUUUCUCUAGCUAAAUGGUUUCAACAAUAUUAAUACAUGUUAGACCUAAUUUCUCAUUUUAACACCAGUAGAGGUCUCAUUUCAUAUUAGUCUGGAUCUUGUAAAUAUUACAGAAAAUGUAAGCUGAGGUAGGUGUUGAGUAAUUGUUGUAAAUAUUUGUUAUAAAAUGAUACAGAGAGGAGGGCUAGAAGUGUGACCUAAACUCAGCUGCCAAACCAGACUUUAAUAACAAAAACAAAAAAUCCAUCCACACCAAUACCACCAAAUAUUGUUUUUCUCUUUGUUUUUCAUGUACAAUUCUGACUAUAAAUUACUGUACUAUUAUUUUUAUUAUGUAAGUGGUGAUGGAGUAUAAAUUUGUUGUAGCAAAUUUGUACCCUAGGUACCAUGUGACUAUAUCUAGUUUCUGCGUGAUGUGAAUAGUAAAAUGGCCUUCUAGGGAUUGGGACUAAGCAGAUAAUCCCUGGUCCUGUCAGUUAUUACGUUGUUGCAGAGCAGGACCCUUAGACCCAAGGAUUAUAUGUUUUGUGCAACCUUUCCUCUUGUAUUAAAUUUAUGUAGUGUUUGUAUAUUUUAUGUCAUUUAGAAUAUUGUAUCUAUAUAUUGUUUGAUAUAGUAUUUCAGUUAUAAGAGAAAUUAUAUGUAUAUAAAACUUCCAGGGCUGCUUUUAAAAAAUGAAUGUCAGGGAAAGUCUUUGCCACACCCAGACAAGAACCGUGAUGGGGCAGAAGGGAGAAGCAGUAAUAUAAUUAGGGGCUUUGAGGCCGAGCUUCUUUAUUUUGUGAGUACUACUUUUUUCUGUAGAAUUUUUGUUUUUGUAAAAAAAUAACUAAAUAAAUUUAUCUGGUGUGCUGGAGGCUGCCUGUAUGAAAAGUGAAAUAAUUUUUGAAAACGUUUAUUUUUCUAAAACUUCUACCCUUUAUUGCUAGGUCUUUAGUGUUAAUCAUAACUUAAGGCAGUUUGGGCUUGUAAAUGAUAAGAUAUUUUAUUCUGUUAACUGGAAUUUGCUAUUUCAUUCUUGAAUUCUCAGAAUUUGGGGCUCAAGAGUGUAAUUCCAAUUGUGGACAUAUAAACACUGAUUUUCCCAGUGGAAGAAAGGAUAUAAUUAAUAUUAGAGGACCUGUUAUGCUGUUUAUGAACAAUUAUAGUAGUUAAUGUGACAGAGCUCCUAUGGUUGUUCUCCUGCCCCACGACACACAAGUCUUGGGUGCUGGCUGGCACGCUCCCACCCAUUGCUUGACAGUAGGCCAGGUCCACGAAGCCAUUCCAUGUUCUCUGGUGAUGUAAAUGAGCCCUCUGGCAUCAUGUCAUAUUGAUCAUUUGGGGAAAAUAAAUUUAUCAAUGAAUUUUUA